AUGUCAUCUACCUCUAGUUGUGAGACCCCGCAGCUUCAGACUGACGGAGGAUCCUCAAAAGCACAGGCCAACCAAGUCCUAUUCACCUCCGGCUUGGCAUGGAGCUUUCCCUCCAGUUUUCCCAUCUACAGCAGAGACUCCAUUGCGCCAGGAAGUCCUCUCUACGAGUGUCACGCUGAUUGUGGCGGCGUCAUCCUCCUCGCACAGUACAGCAAUAACACGACCGGCUACUGCUUGAACUCGACCUACAAAUCCGACCUCAGCGGGUGUCUGAAGUGCGCCCUGACCUACAACAUCGGGCAAUACUACGGUGACGACGUCAAGUCGGCUAUGGAAGCGUGCGGCGAUAGCGCGACUCCUAGCACCUCGUCUGCGACCGCGAGCGCUACUGCUGUUUCGAACUCGUCUACAACGGGCACUGGAGCCAAGGUGACUGGUAGUGCUUCCUCUACUGCUUCUGCUGCUUCUGCAUCUGGUACUUCUACUUCCGGUGGGGCUGUUGCCUCGAUGAGCCUGGACAAGUUCCGGUGA